GCGGGAGUCGCCAAUGGGCGAGCGUUACUUACAUAGUAUUACCAGGUGCAGUAAAAAUUUGAUGAGAAGAAUAGUGGUUGUUUGGAAAGUGAGAAAUUUAAUAAUUUUCAAAAUAGGAAAAUGAAGAAAAAGGUGCUGCUAAUGGGAAAAAGCGGUUCGGGGAAGACUAGUAUGAGGUCUAUAAUAUUCGCAAAUUACAUAGCCAGAGACACCAGACGCUUAGGAGCGACAAUCGACGUCGAGCACUCGCACGUCCGAUUUCUAGGGAAUUUGGUGCUAAACCUGUGGGACUGUGGAGGCCAAGAAGCGUUCAUGGAAAACUAUUUCGCGUCUCAGCGAGACAACAUAUUUAGGAACGUCGAAGUGUUAAUUUACGUCUUUGAUGUAGAAAGUAGCGAGCUUGAAAAAGACAUGCACUAUUAUCAAUCCUGCCUGGAAGCAAUAAUACACAAUUCUAGGGAGGCUAAAAUUUUUUGCUUAAUUCAUAAAAUGGAUUUGGUUGCCGAGGAUCAACGGGACAUCAUAUUCAAAGAGAGAGAGGCCGACCUUAAACGCCUGUCUAAACCUCUGGAAUGCACGUGUUUCAGAACAUCAAUUUGGGACGAAACACUUUACAGGGCCUGGUCUAGUAUAGUUUACACCCUCAUACCCAAUGUCAAGGAGCUGGAAAACAGUUUACAGCAAUUUGCUAAUAUUGUGGAUGCCGACGAAGUACUUCUGUUUGAGAGGGCCACAUUUCUAGUCAUAUCCCAUUGUCAAAGAAAAGAACACAGAGAUGUUCACAGGUUUGAAAAAGUUUCAAAUAUAAUUAAGCAAUUCAAGUUAUCUUGCUCCAAACUGGCCGCCCAGUUUCAUAGUAUGGAAGUAAAAAAUUCCCAAUUCGCUUCUUACAUCGAUAUAUUCACCAGCAAUACUUAUGUAAUGGUUUGCAUGUCGGAUCCUCAAAUCCCCUCCGAGGUUAUGUUGAUCAACAUUAGGAACGCCCGUAAACACUUCGAAAAGUUGGAAAAGGUGUCAAAUUCAGCUGCCGUAGCCCGUUAAGUUAGCCAAUUUUAAGUUGUAUAUAUUUAUAUAUAUAUAAAGUACUCGUAUUGUUA